AUGGCGGACAACGACAGCCCCGUGACGCUUCGCACUCGCAAGUUCAUCCGCAACCCUCUGCUGGGCCGUAAGCAGAUGGUCGUUGACAUCCUCCACCCCGGUCGUGCUGGCAUCUCCAAGGACGAGCUCGCCGAGAAGCUCGGUGGCAUGUACAAGGCCCAGAAGGACCAGAUCUCCGUCUUUGGCCUCCGCAGCCAGUAUGGUGGUGGCAAGACCACCGGCUUCGCCCUCGUCUACGACUCGCCCGAGGCCAUGCUGAAGUUCGAACCCCGCUACCGCCUUAUCCGCGUCGGCAAGGCUACCAAGCCCGAGCGUGCCGCCAAGCAGCAGCGCAAGCAGCGCAAGAACCGUCUAAAGAAGCUCCGCGGUACGGCGAAGGUCAAGGGUGCCAAGCCCAAGAAGGAGAAAUAA